UAGAGCUUGGUGACCUUCCCUGAUGUGGCCAUGAGCUUCUCCCCAGAGGAGUGGGCAUGCCUGGACGUUUCUCAGAAGAAGCUCUACAAAGAUGUGAUGCUGGAGACCUACGAGCACCUGCAGGCAGUAGCAGGGUAUUUUGGGGUAAAGCCUGCGCUAAUCACCUGGUUAGAAGGAGGAGUCCUGGGGAGGCUGCCACGAAGCCUGUUUACCUCAGAACUCAAGCCAGAAAUCCAUCCUUGUCCCUUCUGCUCUCUUACCUUCUCCAAUCAGAACUUCCUCAGUCAUCACAUGAAACAAAGUCAUCCCUCUUGGAUCCUCUUGGAAACAUCUGCAAGAAAGCCACCUCAAUCAGAGAAUUCCCGUCCAUGUGAUCAGAACCAAUGGUGCCAGCAUUCAAAGAAUGACACAUUUGAAAGUCAAAAGCAUGAAGAAAGCUCCAUACAUUUGGCUAGUAGGAUGAAGCAUAGAAGAAAUUCAAUAGUGUUUCCUAGACUAUUGAGCAGCCAAGUAGGUAGCGCUGGUAGACAGAUGACAAUGAAGGAAGACAUUAACACAGGCCUGAAAGAAAAUCCAAAGGUAGCUUCAGAGAUAGACUUGCCAAUAAUUUUAAGAGACAAGUAUGUAAGGCCUGAGAAAGGCUUCAGUGAUGGAUCAAAUAUCAUCACACAUCAAAUGACUCACACAGGAGAGAAGCCUCAUAUUUACAGAGUGUGUGGACGAGGCUUUGGUCAGAGGUCAGUUCUUAUCAGACACCAGAGGACGCACACAGGGAAAAAGCCCCAUAUUUGCAGGGAGUGUGGGCAUAGCUUCAGUAGAAGACACACAGGGGACAAGCCCCAUGUUUGCAAGGAGUGUGGGCGUGCCUUCAGUGUGAUGUCAAGUCUCAUCACACACCAGAGAACACACACAGGGGAGAAGCCCCAUGUUUGCAAGGAGUGUGGGCGUGGCUUCAGUGUGAGGUCACAUCUCAUCAUACACCAGAGAAGACACACAGGGGACAAGCCCCAUGUUUGCAAGGAGUGUGGGCGUGGCUUCAGUGUGAUGUCAAGUCUCAUCACACACCAGAGAUCACACACAGGGGAGAAGCCCUUUGUUUGCAAAGAGUGUGGGCGUGGCUUCAGUGGGAGGUCAAAUCUCAUCAGACACCAGAGAACACACACAGGGGAGAAGCCCCAUGUUUGCAAGGAGUGUGGGCGUGGCUUCAGUAGGAGGUCAAGUCUCAUCACACACCAGAGAACACACACAGGGGAGAAGCCCCAUGUUUGCAAGGAGUGUGGCCGUGGCUUCAGUUGGAGGUCAUAUCUCAUCAGACACCAAAGAAGACACACAGGGGAGAAGCCCUAUGUUUGCAAGGAGUGUGGGCGUGGCUUCAGUGUGAUGUCAAGUCUCAUCAGACACCAGAGAACAAACACAGGGGAGAAGCCCCAUGUUUGCAAGGAGUGUGGGCGUGGCUUCAGUAGGAGGUCACAUCUCAUCACACACCAGAAAACACACACAGGGGAGAAGCCCCAUGUUUGCAAGGAGUGUGGGCGAGGCUUCAGUGAGAGGUCACAUCUCAUCAGACACCAGAGAACACACACGGGGGAAAAGCCCCAUGUUUGCAAGGAGUGUGGGCGUGGCUUCAGUGGGAUGUCAAAUCUCCUCAGACACCAGAGAACACACACAGGGGAGAAGCCCCAUGUUUGCAAGGAGUGUGGGCGUCGCUUCAGUAGGAGGUCACAUCUCAUCAGACACCAGAGAACACACACAGGGGAGAAGCCCCAUGUUUGCGAGGAGUGUGGGCGUGGCUUCAGUGUGAUGCCAAGUCUCAUCACACACCAGAGAUCACACACAGGGGAGAAGCCCUUUGUUUGCAAAGAGUGUGGGCGUGGCUUCAGUGGGAGGUCAAAUCUAAUGGCACACCAGAAAACACACAGGAGAGAAGCCCUAUGCAAGGAGUGAGUUGUGUGGCUUCAUUCAGUUCACACAUCUCAGCAGACACCAGAGAUAACACAUGGAGGAAGCCAGAUUGUAUAGUCACAACACCAGAUGACAUAGGCAAGAAGCUCCAUAUUUGCAGGGACUGUGUGCAAGGCUUUACUCUGAAAUCAAGUCUUUUCACACACCACAGGAUACAAAUGGGAGA